CCUGCGCAUGCGCGGGACUCGCGACCUUCCCCUCUCCCCCCUCCCCCAGCGGGCGAGGCGCGCGCGAGAAGUCGUCGGAACAGCUGUGGCGGCGGGCGCCGCACUUCGCGGAAGUGUCUUUGUCCCUGCGAUGGGCGGGCACCCUGGGGACUCGCGCCGCGGGAAGAGCUAGCCUCCCACCAGCAAGCAGCACCGGCGCGGCGACCAUGCAGCCGGCGGGCGACCGCGCGGUGUGGGUGUUCGGCUACGGCUCGCUCUGCUGGCACCCGGGCUUCGAGUACGACGAGAUGCUGACGGGCUUCGUGCGAGGCUUCUGCCGCAAGUUCUGGCAGGGCAACACCACGCACCGCGGCACCGAGGACAAGCCAGGACGGGUAGCGACACUGGUGGAAGAAAAGGGGGCGGUGGUGUGGGGCCGCGCCUUCAGGCUGCGCGGCGAGGCGGCGCUGCCCUACCUGGAGGCUCGCGAGGUGCGUCUGGGCGGCUACGAGGUGAGGCCGGCGGACUUCCACCCGGCCGACGGCAAGACGGCGCCCUUCGCGGCGCUCGCGUACGUGGCGACGCCCGGCAACCGCCACUGGCUCGGCGACGCGCCUCUGCCGCUCAUCGCGGCGCAGAUCGCCGACAGCUGCGGCGCCAGCGGCCACAACGUGGAGUACCUGGUGCGCCUGGCGCGCUUCGUGCGGCAGCACGCGCCGCCCGAGGCCGCCGACGAGCACCUGUUCGCGCUCGAGGCCAUGGUGCUGUCGGCGGUGAAGGAGCGCGACCUGUGCCUGAAGACACUGAUGGGGGAGGAGCCGAGGCGCCUGUCACUGUCUCCGGAGCCCGACCAGUUGGAGGCGGAGGGCGCCGCCGCACUCAGGCCCGACACCUUCGAGUUCACGUCCCGUGUGCCCCCCAAGAAGCUGCGCUGCCUCAACAUCUGAAUACUGGUGUUCCAUCGAAGCAUGAGCUUCUGGGGUCACAGCUGCUACGGCACCCCGACCGCUAUCUGCGCAGCAGCAAUGCCGUUCCCUCCAGCUAUUGAAUCUUCCGUUCCUCAUGGGUAUUCUUGAAUUCAAGCUGCGCAUGACUACCAAGAAGCUGCACUGCAACAACAUCUGGAAAGUGGUGUUCCAUCGAAGCAUGAGCUUCUGGGGUCACAGCUGCUACGGCACCCCGACCGCUAUCUGCACAGCAGCAAUGCCGUUCCCUCCAGCUAUUGAAUCUUCCGUUCCUCAUGGGUAUUCUUGAAUUCAAGCUGCGCAUGACUACCAAGAAGCUGCGCUGCAACAAAAUUUGAAAAGUGGUGUUCCAUCGAAGCAUGAGCUUCUGGGGUCACAGCUGCUACGGCACCCCGACCGCUAUCUGCGCAGCAGCAAUGAUAUUCCCUCCAGCUAUUGAAUCUUUCGUUCCUCAUGGGUAUUCUUGAAUUCAAGCUGCGCAUGACUACCAAGAAGCUGCGCUGCAACAACAUCUGAAAAGUGGUGUUCCAUCGAAGCAUGAGCUUCUGGGGUCACAGCUGCUACGGCACCCCGACCACUAUCUGCACAGCAGCAAUGCCGUUCCCUCCAGCUAUUGAAUCUUCCGUUCCUCAUGGGUAUUCUUGAAUUCAAGCUGCGCAUGACUACCAAGAAGCUGCGCUGCAACAAAAUUUGAAAAGUGGUGUUCCAUCGAAGCAUGAACUUCUGGGGUCACAGCUGCUACGGCACCCCGACCGCUAUCUGCGCAGCAGCAAUGAUAUUCCCUCCAGCUAUUGAAUCUUUCGUUCCUCAUGGGUAUUCUUGAAUUCAAGCUGCGCAUGACUACCAAGAAGCUGCGCUGCAACAACAUCUGAAAAGUGGUGUUCCAUCGAAGCAUGAGCUUUUGGGAUCACUGCUGCUGCGCUAUCUGCGCAGCAGCAAUGCUGUUCCCUCCAGCUAUUUAAUCUUCAGUUCCUCAUGGGUUUCUUGAAUUAAAACUGCGCAUGACUACCAAGAAGCUGCGCUGCAACAACAUCUGAAAAGUGGUGUUCCAUCGAAGCAUGAGCUUUUGGGAUCACUGCUCCUGCGCUAUCUGCGCAGCAGCAAUGCUGUUCCCUCCAGCUACUGAAUCUUCAGUCCCUCACGGGACGUCUUCAAUUCAAGCUUCGCAUGUCUGCCAAGAAGCUACGCUGCCUCAUCAUCUUAGCAGUGAAGAUCCAUCAAAGAAUGGGAUUCUAGAACCACGGCUGUGCUGCAAUCCGAUUCCCUCCAGGUGUUGAACCUUGUGUUCCAAAUGUCACUGUUUCUGUUGUCCUAUAUUUUUUUGGCAGUAAUGGACACCUCAUCUUGCUUUAUUUUAAACUAAAACCACCCAUGAGUUUUUUGGAUCAUUUUAGCCGGCUUGGUUGCAAAGAAGAACUUACUAACAUUUGCCCAUUAAGUUUGACUUUUAAUGUGACCUGUACAGAGCAGUACAGAAGAGUGUGUCACUCGAAAUAAAUGGGUACAUUUGUGUGCUUUCAUCAAA